AUGCCUCUGAACUCCUCCGAUGACAACCGGACCGACUCGGUGUUCUCCUCCAAACUGACCCCAGCUGCCGACAUCUGUGUGGGACUGGCCAUCCUCUGCGUCGUUCUGCUCUCUGUUCUGGGGAACGGGCUGGUGCUGGUCAUCUGCUACCGCAGGAGGGAGAAGAUGGCGGGCUCCGAGCUGCUGUGCAUCAACCUGGCCGUGGUGGACUUCCUGUGCUGCGUCUGCUUUUAUCCGCUGCCCAUCCUGUCCUCCUUCCACCACGUGUGGCUGGGAGAAAACAUCACGUGCGUUUACUACGGCCUGGGCUGCUUCGUCUGUGGCCUGUGCGGCAUGUUCACCAUCACAGCCAUCAGCAUCAGCCGCUACCUGAAGACCUGCUACAGCUUUGUCAACACUGUUUGGCUGAAAGGAUCCAACAUCUGGCUGAUCUGCUGCAUCAUCUGGUUGGUCUCUGCGGUGUGGUCCAGCUUCCCUCUGUUCGGCUGGGGCGAGUACGUCCCUGAACCUUACGGGCUCUCCUGCACCAUCGCCUGGAGGAACUAUCACUCCUCCAUGAAGGACGCCUUCUACGUGAUCUGCUCCUUCGCCUGCUUCACUCUGGUCCCCGUCCUGCUGAUUGUGGCGUCUCAGUGUCUGAUCCUCUACAAAGUGUCCCGCUUCUCCUACUCGCUGUCCGCCAAGGGCAUCCGCAACAACCUGCGUCUCACUGAAAAACGAAUAUCCGUGAUGUUCUUCUGCAUCAGUUUGGGGUUCGUGAUUGCCUGGGCCCCUUAUGCCGUCGUGUCCUUCCUGUUCAUCUUCCACAAGGAACCCUGGUACAUGGCUCCGGAGGGCUUCGUUUUACCGGCUCUCUUCGCCAAGAGCUCCCACAUCUACAACCCGUUCAUCUACUUCUACUUUAACAAAACCUUCCGGCGGGAGCUGCGCUGCCUUCUUCUUUCGUCUUACCGCAGACUGGGGGGGAAUCGAGUCGGGGUGCACGUUUCUGUGGACCAACAAGCCCCUCACCCCAUCCACAUUCAGCUCCAGGAACGAGGCUGUGUCUAAAGCAGGACGGUAAGAGCAAACCUGAGAGCUAAAUGAUUCACGCCAGCCGUGUCCCCAGCAGGCAGGUGUUCGACUGCUGGGGGUCCACAUGGAAGAACACCCCCACCAUCAGGAACGAUAAACCUGCCAAAGACUACCAACCUGGCUCUAUAUGAGCUCUGGCCACAUGGCUCAAACCCAGCUCUGAACUCCAGCAGCCAUCAGCUAAAAGAUCUACCUCAAAGGAGUUAGAGGUUUCUGUCAUGUUAAACUCUGUCUCACCAGAGACAGAGCAGAAAGAUACAGGUGUGUACCACAGCUCAAGUGUUGGAUAGUGUGAAAACUGAGGAAGUUCAGUGUUCAGUGCUCACAAACUCAGCU